AUGACAAUCUCUGCGGAGGAUCUCUUCGAUAGCAUUGGCGAAAAGUAUGAGGAUGCCUAUGUCAACAAUCCGGGUCUCGAAGAGGUUAUACAGCUUGCCUUGGCAGAGCUUAAACCGGGUAGUCACGUUCUCGAUGUUGGAUGUGGCACUGGAAAGCCGGUUGCAAGCCAGGUUGCCCACGAGGGGCACAAUGUCUAUGGCAUUGAUGUCUCGCAGAAAAUGGUGGAUAUAGCCAGCAGGCAAGUCUCUGGUCGGUUCGAGAAACAGGACAUGUUGAAUUUUGAGCCAAAAACCAAGUUUUCUGCGAUAUUUUCAGUCUUCUCCAUGUUCCAGCUAUCGCACAUUGACACCUACUCCAUGAUGUUCAAGUAUUCAGACUGGCUAAGACCUGGUGGCCUUCUCAUUCUGGGGACCAUCCCUAGCACAAGCCUCGUCAAGGAUCAGAGUCUUUCUGAUUCCACGGGACAAGUCUUUCGGCAUGUGGAACUUCCAUUCAUGGGGAGGAAGGUUAUUGGGACUGUAUACACCGAGGAUGGAUGGCGGAAUCUGUUUCAAAAGGCUGGUUUUGAAAUUUCAGUAGAGAAAUUUUUCUCCUUUACUGAACGGCAACCAUACAAGGAUGAAACCCAGGAACAUUACCUAAUUAUUGCCAGAAAGGUUGUGGAUCACGCUCUUAUGGGACCUUAUCCUCUUCCGAAUUCAUAUCGUGGGCCACAUCCACUGAGCGAAGGAUCUUGGGCACCUUUUGCGGAGAGGCUGGUUCGAGACGAGUUCGACGCCGUACUGAACUUGUUGGAGAACAACCAGGAUGUCCUGGACGUGGGUAGCGGUUAUGGAAAGCUUCCAAUAGCUAUCGCCGAGCGUGGCGGUAACGCAUAUUCAAUUGAACCCAACGCGGAGCGAAGUUCCCUUCAAAUGAAGCAUGCACAUAACGUCGAGGUACGGGUUGGAUCGGCUGAAAAUAUCCCCUUCCCGGACGGAAGAUUUGAUGCCGUCGUCGCUAUGUGGGUAAUGCAUUACGUGGAUGACUUGGAAAAGUCGCUCCGGGAAAUGGCCAGGGUCGCGGACAUUACCAACCCCAAUGCGCGACUUGUGGUCGUCCAAGGUGCGCCAGACAACCAGCUCGUGAACCUACUCAAUGAUGUUUGCGCUCCUUUGAGCGCUGAAAAUAGCCGGAUAGAUCAUCAGGGAUAUCUUCUGCAUACAGCCGCCAGAAUAUUCUCAGAACACGGGUUUGGGAAAAUUGAGACCUUCCGAGUCAACGCUUUCUGCGCCUUUCCAGAGGAGGAUAUGAUGGAGAGAUGUCAAAAAGCAGCUGAAGUUUUGGUUGGAUUUUGGUUCAAGCAAGACCCUAAUUAUGAGCAGAUGAAGACGGCGCUCAUCCCCCAUCUAAAGCUCCAUUUCAAGGACCGCCCGCAUGCUAUCGGUGACGAAGUUGCAAUUCUUUCAGCUAGACCUGUUCCAAACUAG